AUGGCGAAACUACUUCCAACCCUUUGUUCACCGUUCAAUAUUCUUCUAAUUCUCCAACUUGUUUCAGUCCCACUUGUUAGAGGCCAAGCCAAUAGCACGUUCGUAGAUCAGUCCGGGUACAGUACCUUCGAGCUUUUCAAGAACACUGGACUGCAACCAUGCCCUGUCAACUACACUGCAGCAUCAGUAAAUGCUCUCGUGCCGAGAGAGCCAAGGAGGGGCGGAGGAGGUGGAGGAGGCACGCGUGGCGGCGGUACUACAGACCCAUUAUUCGCCAGCGAUUGGGCUGGAUCUCAGGCAGGAUACUGCAAACACAUGACAGGUAUACCGAUCAUGAUUCCGACACUGCCCACGCAGAACGCCUUCACACCAUGGUGGCCCACUUUCACCCUGCAGUUUGUGAGCCUGCUCUUCACCUGGCUCGGUCUCUGGUGGACGACCCGAAGCGUCGAGAGGAACGCUGAGGUACAGGAUAUGAGCCUUCCUGUGACGUUCUGGAUCCAACUCCCUAUCGAUCUUGCCCGCAUUGUUGCUUGGUUCGUCAGGACUAGCCAAGGGUUAGUAGAUGCAACCCGUUUUUCGUGGGUCAGCGUCAUUCUGUGGCUUGUACCUUUCAACUACAUCUGGCUUACGCGGUUAUUGGGAUCCAAAACGCAAGACUACGCGCCUGUUCUCCGUCAAGAAACGAAUCGGGUGGGAGUGUUUACUGAGCAAGCACAGCCAUUAUACGAAAACUCGGGGUCUGAAACGAAGCAUACCGACUUUCAAAGCGUUACCGAGACUGCAACUCACCGGAUACGUCCAAGAAUGUACUGGGCAUCGAUGGCUUUUGCAGUCGUCACCAUCGUCCAGUGGUGUAUGUCACUUGCAGUUGUCGCGCUCCAUUUUAAAUACUCCUGGCUUGACAAGGGAAAUCAUCCCACAUACGUUGAAACGCCUCGAGCAGUCAGCAACCCUUCUUCGAUCGCCCGCAUGCCCCAAUCCUGCUUGGACUGGCUCGAACAAUCAUCUGACCUUGUAGCCUCCAAGCUGUUGGACAUGAAAUUGGUCCAGGUCCUAUUUACCUUGAUCAAUGCUUUCCAAUUCGUUGUAUGCACUCUUGUUGUGCUCUUUAGUACGCGCAGUCGCUAUCGUAUACUCGGGAAGCUGAAGAUCAGCGCAUGGGCAUCGUUACUCUCCCUUGGUCUCCCAGCUCUCGGAACUGGAAUCUGGAUCAUAGCGAAGGUUGCUUUCGGGAACCAGGAUAUAUGGAUCACGUAUACUCAUAAUACGACGACUACAGGAGGUUGCACUUUCGCGGCUGUGACGAUGGAUAGGCAGUGGGGAUACUGGGACGUGCAGUACAACCUCCCAGUCAGAAUCGCUAUGAGUGCUCUUGGCGUUGCUUGAACUCGCUGCUUGAAACAGACGUAUGUAGUCAAGACACACGUCAGAAAACGAAUUAAGAUGACCAAAGAACCUCCAAAUAGACAGCAACGAAACCAGAGCUGGUAGAUCGGGGUAGAAAAGCGAUAAAUUGGUCAACACUGACAAG